AUGGACCAGCCUACUUCACAAAGCUCCAGAGAGCUCAACGAGACCCGCUUCACAUCACCGGCGUCGGCCAUGACACAACCAUCGGCCACUCCUAUCAUUCUCAACAUGUCGGAAAAGCCUCUGCAACCAUCAAGUGAUUCGGACGUCGAGAAGACCGAUAAGGAGGAAGCCGGCGCCGAAGAUGAGGGAAGCACGGCGGCGGAGCAAGAGGAAGCCGAGGAGGAGUACAUCGGGGGCCUCAAGCUCAUGCUUGUUCUGGCAGCACUAACACUCACUGUAUUUCUCAUGAUGCUGGACAUGUCUAUCAUCACUACGGCCGUUCCGGAGAUCACAACGGCGUUCAACUCCCUCUCUGACGUUGGAUGGUAUGGUGCAGCGUAUAGUCUCUGUGGCGCCGCACUGCAGCCCUUGGCCGGCAAGCUCUACACGCACCGUCACUCGAAAGAAAUAUUCCUUGCCUUCCUCUUCGUGUUCGAGGCCGGAUCUCUCAUUUGCGCCCUCUCUAAUUCGUCAACAUUGUUCAUCAUUGGACGGGCCGUCUCAGGUAUGGGAUCUGGCGGACUUUUCAAUGGCGCGUUGACCAUCAUCGGCGCAACCGUCCCGUUGGAAAAGAGACCGUUGAUAAUUGGGAUCAUGAUUGGUAUUUCGAACAUUGGCAUUGUCGCUGGACCCCUCGUGGGAGGAGCCUUGACCCAGUAUACGACCUGGCGCUGGUGCUUCUACAUCAACCUUCCGAUUGGUGCACUUACUGCAGCUAUGCUCUUCUUAAUCCACAUCCCGUCAAAGAUCACCAAGCCCGUCUCCUUCCUCCAGAUCCCCCGAUACCUCGACCUUCCCGGUUUCACCCUCUUUGCUCCCGCGGCGAUCAUGUUCCUUCUCGCAUUACAAUUCGGCGGCAAUGACUAUAGCUGGGACUCAUCGGUAGUUAUCGGCUUGUUCAACGGCGCCGCCGUGACCGCAGGGCUGUUCAUCUACUGGGAGCACAGGGAGGGCGAUGAGAAAGCCAUGAUCCCAUUGGGGUUGUUCAAGAACAGGAUCGUCUUAACAAGCAGUCUCGUGGGAGCCUUGAACAUGAGCAUUACACAGGUCUCGAGCUACUACAUCCCAAUGUACUUUCAGAGUGUCAAGGGUGAGACGCCAUUCCGGGGUGGUGUUCACUUUUUGCCGACUAUCAUUGCCCAGUUGGUCUUUGCUGUGGCAUCUGGGGCUUUGGUCGGCAGGUUGGGAUACUACCUCCCCUGGGCCGUGUUUGGUUCAGUCUUAUCGGCGAUCGGUAACGGCCUCAUCUCGACUUGGGACCCGUCUACAGAUUCUGCCAAGUGGAUUGGGUAUCAAGUCCUUCUCGGCGCUGGCCGCGGUGCCUGUAUGCAAAUGCACAUCAUCGCCGUGCAAGCCAACAUUCCACCCGCGACCCUAUCCGUAUCGAUGGCCAUGCUCGUCUUCCUGCAGACAUUUGGCGGUGCCAUUUUCCUGACAGCAGGCGAAGUCAUCUUCAGCGAAGGUCUAGGUAAAAACUUGGCAAAGUACGCUCCGGCAGUAAAUGUCAAGACAGUACUGGCUGCGGGCGGCACAGGCUUCAGGAUUGUUGUACCGGAAGGCGAUUUGCCUGGGGUGUUGGUGGCAUAUUCGAAGAGUAUCGGUGAGGUGUUUUACCUCAUGGUCGGAAUUGGUGGUCUCGCGUUUGUUCUUUCAUGGGGUAUGGGCUGGGUCGAUAUCCGUAAGAAGAAGGGGGAAAAGAAGGGUGACGUUUAA